AAAAGUUGUCACUUCCUUGUCACCCUUGUGUUCAGUUGUGAUUGGAAGUGGAGUCAAACUGAACCGCCCGCAGAGUAAUGGAAAUACCAGGAUUGUUAUUUAGUGCUUCCACCUUCUAAACAGUCGUCUAAGCUUGUAUUUUCUUGUGUACCCCGGGAAGUUAGAGCAGCGAGACACGGCGAGACACGGAGCAAAGCGAGGAGAAGGGAAGCUAGCUUUACAGCUAGGCACUCUGAGUGGUGGUCUGUUAGUGACUGCAGAAUAACUAAUGGAAAAUGGAUUUCCUCUGUGAAAUAGUUCAAGCCCUGGUCGCAUUAGCAGCUCUAGCUUUCAUUGUGGUGCUCGUUGUAGCACACGUCACCGCUGGGAUGGUGAACCUGAUCCGCCACGAGAAGGAGAAAUACUUCCUCACUGCCUCAGGAGAGAAGGGGCUGUUCCCCAGCCUGCACGACCCCCACUCCAGGGAGCUCUCUGUGGUGAUCCCAGCCUACAACGAGGAGCUCCGAAUGCCUGUGAUGUUGGAUGAAGCUAUGGAUUACUUAGAAAACAGACAGAAACAAAACCCAUCUUUUACCUAUGAGGUAAUUGUGGUCGAUGAUGGCAGCAAAGACAAAACCACAGAGGUUGCGUCGCGGUACACUAGGAAGUAUGGUGCCGAUAAAGUGCGGGUCCUGACGCUGGUCAAGAACCGGGGGAAAGGAGGGGCGGUGCGGAUGGGAACUCUGAGCUCCAGAGGUAAAGUCAUUCUGAUGGCCGAUGCUGACGGAGCCACAAAGUUUUCCGACCUUGACAAAGUGGAGGCUGGACUUAAAGACCUCAACCCUAAACCGGAGAACAUGGGAAUUUCCUGUGGUUCCAGAGCUCACCUGGAGCAAGAGUCAGUAGCUCAGCGAGCCGUCUUUCGUACAUUCCUAAUGUAUGGCUUUCACUUCCUGGUGUGGUUCCUUUGCGUGAGAGGGAUCAAGGACACACAGUGCGGCUUCAAGCUUUUCACACGCGAGGCUGCUCUCAAGACCUUCUCCUCUCUCCACGUAGAGCGAUGGGCUUUUGAUGUGGAGCUCCUGUAUAUUGCCCAGUGUUUUAAAAUCCCCAUAGCAGAGGUGGCGGUCAACUGGACUGAAAUAGAAGGGUCCAAGCUGGUCCCGUUUUGGAGCUGGCUGCAGAUGGGACGAGACCUGAUUUUCAUUCGCCUGCGCUACAUCACCGGAGCCUGGAAACUGGAGUCGCCACAUAAGACUGACUAGCCAAGCAGACAGGCCCUGGUAUCCUAGAGACAGCCUCUGAUCGGGCCAUCAAACCUUUGGUUGAGGUGGGAUUAACAACUGUGUCCAUCAGUCACAAAGAACCGAGUACAGUAUGCCACAUUGUUUUCCUUUCCGAACAUCACUGGAGGUGGAGUAAUGGCACAGUUGUGGGUUCCUCAUGGUCCUGCCUUUUUUCUUUUUUUCUUUUUUCAUCGGAUAUUGGCUUGUGAUCGCCACUGUUACAUGCACAUUUCUGUUGCCGCCAUUUACAGAAUGUCUGUAUGACUGGUCCUUGUAUUCAGAUACUUAAUGUUUAUUUCUGUGGCCAAUCAGCUGUAAGUCAGAAAGACUUGUAGGAAAUGUGAAGGAUGUGUAGAUCUGUGUGUCAUGAUGCUGACGGGUAGACUGGAUGAUGUUGUAUGAGAUUUUUACAGGGGGAAGGACUGAAUUUUUGAGGAAAUAUUGCCAUGGGUUGAUGGGAUGGAUGACUUGAGUCCAAAUAAAAAACAUUGAUGGUU